GGAGGCCGAGGCGGGUGGAUCACCUGAGGUCAGGAGUUCGAGACCAGCCUGGCCAACAUGAUGAAACCCCAUCUCUACUAAAAAUACAAAAAUUAGCCGGGCGUGGUGGCACACGCCUGUAAUCCCAGCUGCUGAGGAGGCUGAGGCAAGAGAAUCGCUUGAAUCUGGGAAGCGGAGGUUGCAGCGAGCCAAGAUCAUGUCAUUGUACUCCAGCCUGGGCAAGAAGAGCGAGCCCUUCAUCUCAAAAUAAGUAAAUAAAUAAAUAAUAAAUUUUAAAAAAUGAAAAUACUAGUCCAUAACAGUGGACUUUUUUCUCCAAGUUCUCCUUUUGCUAUAUAAUGUCAUUUUAUGCAGAACUUUAAAAAAUUUAUACUGAUACACGGCCAGGUGCAGUGGCUCACGCCUGUAAUCCCAGCACUUUGGGAAGCCGAGGUAGGCAGAUCACUUGAGGUCAGGAGUUCAAGACCAGCCUGGCCAACAUGGCAAAACCCCAUCUCUACUAAAAAUACAAAAAUUGGCCUGGUGCGGUGCCUCACACCUGUAAUCCCAGCACUUGGGGAGACUGAGGUGGGCAGAUCACGACGUUGAGGUCAGGAGAUCGAGACCAUCCUGUCUAACCGGCGAAACCCCAUCUCUACUAAAAAUACAAAAAAUUAGCCGAGUGUAGCAACGUGCACCUAUAGUCCCAGCUACUCAGAAGGUUGAGGCAGGAGAAUCGCUUGAACCUGGGAGGCAGAGGUUGCAGUGAGCCGAGAUUGUGCCACUGCACUCCAGCCUGGCUGACAGAGUGAGACUCCGUCUCCAAAAACAAAAAAAAAAACAAAAAUUAGCUGGGCAUGAUGGUGCAUGCCUGUAGUUCUAGCUACUCAGGAGGCUGAGGCACAAGAAUGGCUUGAACCCGGGAGGUGGAGGUUGCAGUGAGAUGAGUUCAAGCCACUGCACUCCAGCUUGGGCAGGAGAGAGUGUCUUCCACGAAGAAAUGAUGAAGAUGCGACAGGCUAAGCUGGAUUAUCAGAGGCUACUACUUGAGAAGAGGCAAAGGAAAAAGCGCCUUGAGCCAUUUAUGGUGCAGCCCAAUCCAGAAGCCAGGCUACGUCGGGCAAAGCCAAGGGCCAGUGAUGAGCAGACUCCCUUGGUGAACUGUCAUACUCCCCACAGCAAUGUCAUCUUACAUGGUAUUGAUGGUCCAGCUGCUGUCCUGAAAACAGAUGAAGUUCAUGGUCCAUCAGUAAGCUCCCCUGUUUUGGACGAAGAUGCUGAAAACACCAUGGAUACUGCUUCCAAGCCAGGACUUCAGGAGCGUCUCCAAAAGCAUGAUAUCUCUGAAAGUGUGAACUUCGAUGAGGAGACUGAUGGAAGAUCCCAGUCAGCAUGUUUAGAAAGACCCAGUUCUGCAUCCAGCCAGAAUUCAACCGAUACAGGCACUUCCGGUUCUGCUACUGCAGCCCAACCAGCUGAUAACCUCCUGGGAGACAUAGACGACCUGGAGGACUUUGUGUAUAGUCCUGCCCCUCAAGGUGUCACAGUAAGAUGUCGGAUAAUCCGGGAUAAAAAGGGAAUGGAUCGGGGCCUCUUCCCCACCUACUAUAUGUACUUGGAAAAAGAAGAAAAUCAGAAGAUAUUUCUUCUUGCAGCUAGAAAGCGGAAAAAGAGCAAAACAGCCAACUACCUUAUCUCCACUGAUCCAGUUGAUUUAUCUCGUGAAGGAGAAAGUUAUGUCGGCAAGCUUAGAUCCAACCUCAUGGGGACCAAGUUUACAGUUUAUGACCGCGGUAUCUGCCCCAUCAAGGGCCGGGGUCUGGUAGGAGCGGCCCACGCCCGGCAGGAGCUGGCUGCCAUCUCCUAUGAAACGAACGUACUUGGAUUUAAGGGUCCUAGGAAAAUGUCUGUGAUCAUUCCUGGAAUGACACUGAAUCAUAAGCAGAUCCCAUAUCAGCCACGAAACAACCAUGACAGUUUGCUAUCAAGGUGGCAGAACAAAACUAUGGAAAAUCUGAUUGAACUGCACAACAAGGCCCCCGUCUGGAACAGUGACACUCAGUCCUAUGUCCUCAACUUUCGUGGCCGGGUCACUCAGGCAUCUGUGAAGAACUUCCAGAUAGUCCACAAAAAUGACCCUGAUUAUAUAGUCAUGCAGUUUGGACGUGUGGCAGAUGACGUGUUCACACUGGACUACAACUACCCACUUUGCGCAGUACAGGCCUUUGGCAUCGGUCUUUCUAGCUUUGACAGUAAGCUGGCAUGUGAAUGAGAGGACAAUCAGGCAGGGAGCCUUUCUCCCCACAGAGCUUUCAGGAGCAGACAGUGGCCUCCCCUUCCCCUCCCUGUCCCAGGACUUGAAGAACAAUAGUUUGCCCCUUUUGGAACGAUCCCUGAAUAUAUAAAACACACGAAGAGCAAUAGUUUGCCUCUUUUGGAACGAUCCCUGAAUAUAUAAAACACACACACGAAGAGCAAUAGUUUGCCCCUUUUGGGACGAUCCCUGAACAUAUAAAACACACACACACCCCGUGCACUCUCACUCCUUUUCCAGGUUUCAUAGACUUGGUGAGGGAUCACAGCUUAGCAUGGGUGAGAGAUGAUUUAAAGCACAGGGAGAUUCUUGUCCUGCUAGGGUGGGAUUUCCUGUGCUUGGAAACUUGCAGUAGAAUCAGGGACUGACAUCGCAGUUCCUCUCUUCAUUCCCUCACAGCAGAUUGGCCAGCACCAAUCUCAGUUCAGAGCGGCUGUGAUCACAUUUAUGAUCAAUUAUGUGAGAAUUUUAUAUAAUUGUCUUCAUUUCAAUUAAGGCUGAAAGCAUAAACUCUAGAGGUGACUCAGUCAAGACCAACAGUAAUGUGAUAAUUGCCUUCAUUUUCAACCCAGGAGUGCCUCUCACAGCUCUAUCACUGGAUCCAUUAGUGAGGAGUGACACACACACCUGUAGGCAUCCUGUGCAAACACUUUGUCAUUAUCAAGAGAGAUGGCAGUAUUGACCAUUUAGUUAAAAAAAAAAAAAAAAAACGGUGGCAGGAGAGGCUUUGGGGAGGAUGAGCCAGCAGACAUGAGCACUGCUGGCCCGUGUGGCAGAGCUUUGGACUUUCUUCUCGGCUCUUUCAACCCUGGCUCAUAGGCACAGAAGGUGUUUUGCUACGUUUUUUUGAUUAUUACACCCCUCCACGUAUUAUGUGACUCAAACCAGUUCACCCUUCCCAGAAUGUAUCCAAACCUUGAGAAUGCAGGAGCUCUGUGAGCUCCACUGUCAGCACCAUUCAGCUGCAGCCCUUGCGCACAGAACUGUUUGCCAGCGUUGGGUGGGAUACCCAUGGCGGCUGCUCCCUCAGACUUCCCUUCUGUGGACUGACCUCUCACCUCUGCCUGUUGUUCCUGCACCACAUCAGAUAAGCAUGUGAAGGAGAGCCAACUGGGAGCUGCGGGACCCUUGGCUUGUCCCCCACCGACAAGUCCCACCUGCUGGGUGAGGACGAGACUGUUUCCAUCUCAGGCAUGUUUCCCACCAAGUGCCUCCCUCACAGCCGUGCCCAGAAGCCUCACACUUUGUCACCACCACCACCCCCGACCCCACCCUGAGGCACUGCCUGGCAGAUCACCCUGGUUGACCACAGAAGCUAUUAAUACACGACAGCAUCUGGGGAAGGAGUUAUGGUGGGCCAGGUGGACCUCAUCCUGCUUCCUCCUCCCUCUGGUUUAAAGAGAUAUAUAAACUAAUUUCACAUAAUUUGUGUGUGCAGGUGAUUGGUUUUUACAUAAGUCCUAUUUAUACCUUUUAUAUGUUACAGAAAUAAAAGUUAAUUUAUAUACGAA